CUUCCGGUGGGUAGCAGUGUGUCAGCGCCGCCGACUGAAGCGGAUCGAGCGCCGGAUUUGCGCCUGUUUUGAUGCGUUUGAACCGGAGCCUCUGUCACCGUGCAGCCUGAACCGCGCUCCCCACCAACCCCACCCCCCUCCCCCCGUGUUAAUUCCCCGCACGUUUUCCCGCAGCGGUGUUGAGGUGAGGCGUUUCCCGGCCUCUUUAUACGAGGCGGCUGAGCGGAGGCAGGGAGAGGCCCGGAGUCCCCCGCGGGUGUUUGGCAGGAGCUGCGCCGGGCCCAGGGGGAGGCCGCUGGGCGCAAAUGUCCUGCGUUGUGGUGAUGUGUUCCUGCUCGUCGGCGGUACGGCUCCUCCGUUCGUCCAUAACCACCUCGGGUCUGGGAUUUGCAUCUAUGCGCUUCCAUUUCCCAUUCCUGGGAAAUUUUGAAGGGCAGGGAAGAAGAAAAGUUCCUGGAAGAGCAUUUCAUGAGACAGUUACUGUACUUGCUUCAAAAGAUGGAGGUAAAGAUACAUCUGGAGAUAGCAGCAAGAAGUCUGUCAGCGAAGGAGGCAGCAAACGAUCAUCUGGUUCAGGUGGUUCUGGGAAAGGCGGAAACCAGCUGCGCUGCCCAAAGUGUGGCGACCCAUGCACUCAUGUGGAGACCUUUGUUUCUUCAACUCGCUUUGUGAAAUGUGAAAAAUGCCACCAUUUUUUUGUGGUGCUAUCUGAAGCAGAUUCCAAGAAGAGUUUAAAUAAGGAGCCAGAAUCAGCAGCUGAAGCUGUGAAACUAGCUUUCCAACAGAAACCACCACCACCUCCAAAAAAGAUAUACAGUUAUCUCGACAAAUAUGUAGUUGGUCAGUCUUAUGCUAAGAAAGUGCUUUCAGUUGCUGUGUACAACCAUUACAAGCGCAUUCACAAUAAUAUUCCAACUGCUCUAAGGCAGCAAACAGAAGUGGAGAAACAAGCCUCUCUGACACCUCGCGAGUUAGAAAUCCGAAGACGAGAGGAUGAGUACAGAUUUACAAAGCUACUGCAAAUUGCAGGCAUUAGUCCACAUGGUAAUGCCCUUGGAGCUUCCAUGCAGCAGCAGGCAAGUCAGUCAAUUCCCCAAGAGAAACGAGGAGGCGAGGUGCUUGAUUCAGCUCAUGAUGAUAUAAAGUUGGAGAAGAGUAACAUUUUAUUGCUUGGUCCCACAGGAUCAGGCAAGACCUUAUUGGCCCAGACCCUUGCCCGAUGUUUGGAGGUUCCGUUUGCCAUUUGUGACUGUACUACCCUGACGCAAGCUGGAUAUGUGGGUGAAGAUAUUGAAUCGGUUGUUGCUAAGCUCUUGCAGGAUGCCAAUUAUAAUGUGGACAAAGCACAGCAAGGAAUAGUAUUCUUGGACGAAGUAGAUAAGAUUGGCAGUGUUCCAGGGAUCCAUCAAUUACGUGAUGUGGGUGGUGAAGGUGUUCAACAGGGGCUGCUGAAGCUACUUGAGGGGACAAUUGUAAAUGUUCCAGAAAAAAAUUCCAGAAAAUUACGUGGAGAAACAGUUCAGGUGGAUACGACCAAUAUUUUAUUUGUGGCGUCUGGUGCUUUCAAUGGUCUGGAUAGGAUUAUCAGCAGGAGAAAGAAUGAAAAGUAUCUUGGAUUUGGCACUCCCUCAAAUCUUGGCAAGGGGAGAAGGGCAGCAGCAGCUGCUGAUUUAGCAAAUAUGAGUGGUGACAACAAUACAGUCCAGGAAAUGGAAGAAAAAGAUAGAUUACUUCGCCAUGUUGAGGCCCGGGACCUGAUAGAAUUUGGAAUGAUACCAGAAUUUGUAGGACGUCUGCCUGUGAUAGUUCCACUACAUAGUCUAAAUGAGGACACAUUGGUGCGGAUUUUAACAGAACCUCGAAACGCUGUCAUCCCACAAUACCAGGCUUUGUUUAGUAUGGAUAAGUGUGAUCUUAAUGUAUCUGAGGAUGCCUUGAGAGCUAUAGCCCGCCUUGCCCUGGAAAGGAAGACUGGUGCCCGAGGUCUUAGAUCAAUCAUGGAAAAAUUGCUGUUGGAGCCAAUGUUUGAAGUGCCAAAUUCUGACAUUGUUGCUGUAGAAGUGGACAAAGACAUAGUUGAUGGAAAGAAACCACCUGGAUAUAUACGAGCCCCACCGAAGGAACCUGUUGAAGAGGAGUAUGAUUCUGGAGUGGACGAUGAUCGAUGGCAUCGCCAAGUAGAUGCCGCCAACAACUGAACAUCGUAAUACGGAGCAAUGUGUGCAAAGAUGAGCCUUGUACAACAUUGAAACUAGUUUUAUUUUGAUUAAUUUUAAGGUGUUAUUAACCUGUUACUCUCACCAGAGAGUUACUGUUUGAAGAGAAUAGAUUUUUGGUAGGGGUUGAAAGUCUCCAUCCCCUUAGCAUGAUCUCAGCAGACCUGGAAACUGAUCAUGUCAUUGUAAAAUAGAAAAUCUUUGUACAGUGGACAUUAUGCCAUCUUUGAAUCUUACUGUAAACACAUUUCUCAGUGUGUUUAUUAUAUGUUACAAUUUUUAGCAGCUGCUUCCCUACAUUUCAAAAAAACAAUGUUCAGGAACAAACUGUGCAACCCUUGUACUAUGAGAGCAAGAACUUAUUGAACAUCCCUUUACUUUUCAUUAAUGCAUCUGAACAUUUACGGUUUCUUUGUGCUAGAGGUGCUAUAGCUGUAUUACAAAGAUUUACUUUCAUUUGAAAAAGUAGAAUUUCAUAUUUGUGUUCAAAAUGUAGGAAUCAGAUUGAACUGUAGCAAAGGUCAAUGAAAUUGAAAAUAGGUUUUACUAACAGCUAUUGUGGGGAUUUCAGUUUUGAUUCUUGAUCUAUAAUGUUUUGGCCAUGAUUUUGGGUCAGUUCUGCUUGUGCUAAAAUAUACAUAAUGUUGUUUUAGAUAUCUUUGAUAUUAAGCACAAUACACAUGUACUAUAUUUUUUCUGUACUUCCUUCUGUGCUAUUGUGACCAGCAACAGAAUUGAUUUUAAUCCUUUAGAAAUUCACUUUAUUGUAACACUAAAGGAUAUGAAGAUGAAUUACUGUAAAUCCCUGGUUGUAUAAAUAAAGUGUACAAAUUAAGCACUUA